ACUUCGGCGUGCAAUGAGCUCCCCAAUACCGCUUAUAACCGCGCAAACUAGGCCAGGUCGAUACGGCUACUACAUGUUAGUGUCGGAGUUGUCGACUAUUCGUGCGUUUGUUGCACGGUAUUGCUCUGAGAGCUCACAGCACUUGGGCACUAUUUAGGACUCGGGAUUAGGAUGGCAGCUAUGUAGCUGUUACCAUUGUUUGUAGUUUAGUUUUUUUUUCCGUUUAGAAUAUCGAACAUUACGUCAUUGAUUCGGCGUGAAAUAACAAUGUAAAGUUUCCCUGCAGUCUUAAAAACAUGUCUGCUGUAGUGCUGCAAGUUGGACAGUGUGGAAAUCAGCUGGGCCUGGACUGGUGGAAGCUCUUAACUAAAAAGUCAAAACAGCAAAAGAAAAGGUGUCCAUUUAGCUCCAGAAAUGGUCACCUAGCAGCAGUAUGUGUUGACACUGAGCCCAAAGUCCUAAGAAAAGCGCAUGAGUUUGUCAAAACCAAGGAAAUCCAUCCAUCCAACAUUAUUGAGGGGAAAGGAGGACGUGGAGGAAACUGGGCAUAUGGUUACCAUGGAGGCCAAGGUGAGGCUGAAAAUGGCUUACUCCAGCGUACAAUGGAGGCGUUGCGUCGAGAGGCGGAGAGACAAGAUUACUAUGGUGGAAUUGUUGCCCUACACAGUCUGAGUGGAGGCACAGGCUCUGGUCUUGGUUCACGACUAUGUGAGGAAAUUCGUGAGGCGUUUCCCGCGGGUCAUAUCCUGACCGUGUCCGUGGUCCCUCAUCAAAGCGGAGAGAGCCCACUCCAGCACUACAACACUUUACUAAGUCUAGCAGCACUGCACAGGUCAGCUGACGGCAUACUCCUGUUUCAUAAUGACCAUGUAUUAAGUCGCGCUGGAUUUCAGCAGAAAUCCCACACAGGGCAUGAAGCUGUCUCCUGUGGUUUUUCACAAAGCACUCUCUCUGCAAUGAAUGCACAUAUAACCUCAUGCAUGGCUGGACUCCUGCUGCCUGUGAACACCCUUACUACAAGAAGUUUCAGUUUGGGAGCUGAACCAUGGGAGUUGAUGAGAUCUGUGUGCCCAGUUCCUACAGCCAAACUACUCUACACCACUCAGGCGUCUGCUAGUGCAGUGUCACACUGGGACACUUUAGUGAGUGAAACACUUAGGAAUCUACCCCAGCUUUCACCUGAUGUAAAACCUUAUUCUAGUCGUGCAGUGCUAGCGGUUGCACGUGGCGACCAGGACAACUCGUUCAUCGCUUCGAAUGUCCUGCAGAAGUUGCGGCAAGCACAUAGGUGUGUCGACUGGAAUCCUUUUCCUGUUGACCACUGGACGGAUCCCCGAAAUGAAGCUAGCGUCUCCUCGUCGGUCCGCACGCUCACUGUGUGUUCCAACCACAGCAGUGUCACAAGACUGAUAGGCCACGUAACUCAACGUGCCACUGAGAUGUUAAGCGCACGAGCAUAUCUACACUGGUACGAACGUUAUGGUGUCGAAACAGAAGAGUUUCAACAGGGAAUCAAUACGCUGUCCAGUAUUAUCGAGGAGUAUGAGUCUCAGUAAUGCGUAGAAGUGUUAGACAGUCAUGAAUGCAUUCAUGUGAUAUCUAUAAAUAUAAACGUGGAUGGUUUUUUGAUUCCUAGUUUUGUACUUGGCAUUUUAAAAACUCUUCAUGCAGCAUUUUCAAAGGUCAAAGGCUUAAAAUAUUUAUCUAUUGCUACGUCUACUCCAGGGGAAAAAUCUACUGUGAAAUUUGCUAAUAAAUGAAAUUUAUCUCCUGUUGUUUUAAACCAUUCGUAAAACACAAUUUUAACUAAACAAACAAACAAAAUACAGAACUUUGUGUCUAAGUUGAUGUUUUGCCAGAAUGAAUGAAGUUAUAAAAGCUUGAAGUGGAGAAAAAUGUAGGAAGCGUGGUGGGGGUUCAGGGAUUAUAUGGUGGGGUUUAAUGUGGCAUGAGGUGGGGGUGAAAUGCUACAAAACAACUUCAAACCUUCCACCCCCACAAAAACUUUGUCUAAGAGUCAGGUUAUCUCCUGUUGUCAGUUAUAUGUUAUAGCUGCAAUAAACAGUCAUUCCCUAAACAGCCCCUAAUCAACCUCUCUCUCCCACUCUCUCACACACACACACACACACACACACUUUCUCGCUCUCUUGCACAUACAAAUGCUUUCUGUUCUUUUUCUGGAAGAAAUCAGAAAGCCAUACCGUGACCAAGAGUACCUACAGCUGUGAUUUCUUCCACAACUUCCCCACAACAACUAUAAGAAUGACUGUCAAACAACGAUCCAUUUUAAAAUCUGAUUAUUAGUCCUAGUAUUAUUGAUACAUACUGUAUGUAGAGCUGUUAACAGAACUGCAAAUCUACACCCUUACCUUGUCAUAAACACUAUCUGAUCCCAAAAGGACAAACUAGUAAUUAAAAAAAAAAAUUUCUUCUUUAAUAAAAACCUAAAAUAAAAGAAUGUAUAAAAAUACUAUACAAUAUGGCUUGUGGAUGAAUACACAGAAAAAACACUGGUACUUUGCAUGGUAAAGCUACUGUAUAAAAGUUCUUCCAUUUAUAUGCAUUGUGUUACAAUAAACCAAAUACAACUUUA